AUGUAUAUGUAUAAUCUACUUUUAGUUCUUUUAGUUUUUACCUCCUGUACAACAUCCUUCAACUAUACAAGCUGCGAUCACGCAAAGCAGCCAAAGUUUCUGAGCUCAUGCUGUGAUGUUCAGAAAAACGACAAGGCCAUCAAAUCGUGCCGUAAGUCCUUGCUGAGCAUUAAUUCCACUAAUUUGAAUGGUGAAGUGAGCAAUCUAAAGUCGGAUAAAGUAGCUUUGCAUGUGUGCAUUGCGGAGUGUUCCUUCAGGAUCAAUGGCUUUUUGCUGAGCAAUGGAAGUGCUAAUACCCAGGCAAUACAGAAGAGUUACCAGCAACGCUACAAAAACGAUUCGAUCAUGUCUCAACUGGUGGUAAGGAGCCUCAAUAGUUGCACGGACUACGCUAGAAAGCGGGUUCAGCAGUUCCAAUGGAUGCCCAAAAAAGGCGACUGCGACUAUUAUCCUGCCACCUUGCUGGCCUGCAUCAUGGAACAGGUGUACAUUAACUGCCCGAUCAACAAAUGGAAAAACACCAGCGAUUGCACAGCGAUGCGGAAAUAUUUGGUUGCCUGUGAUGAUGUGGAUUAG